GAACUACCAGCGGCACGUCGCGGCAUCCGAAUUCCUCAUUGACAAGUUCCGUCUGGACUCCUGGUGGUUCGGACUGCCUCUCCUUCUGCGUGGUCCACUGCUGUCCUUGCCUCUGCUGCUCUUCACCAACAACCCCGCCACGCAAGUCGUGCUGAUGUCCCUGACGCUGAUCGCCUACGUCGUGCUCCUAAGCUUGGCCUGGCCUUUCAAGGUACCGAUUCUCAAUGCAGUGGAUGCGGCAUGUACCUGGGCGCUAAUCCUGCUAAUUCUGGGCGGAUCGCUUCACCUGCCCCCGAUGGAUGAGGAGAUGCUGAUGUCUGCUGCAGUGUCGACUGUAGGCUCGGUCAUCUUUGCUGCUGUGGCUCUUAUGGGUGCAUUGACUGCAGUGAUUUGGGCGGGUGCCGUCCAUGUCCGAACUCCCGCGGAGAGAAGGUUUGGCAUCUUAGACCUGGCCUUUCUCCCCAAGCAUUCCGAGCUGGCCGAGUCAGUGCAUCUCACGGCCAGAAAGCUUCUGUCCAUGGACUAUGAUGAGCUCAGCGAGCAACUUCGCAUGUUGCCCUCCUUCGACACCAAGCUCCUUCAUACGAGCCUCCACCUCCUUGAGCUCGAAGUCCUGCCG